AUGAAGUGCUAUGCGCCGUUUUUGCCCGGGCUCACGCAGCGACCCACUGUCUUCUCCAGUUCUCACAUGUCUGCCCGAGAAGCGCCAUGUUUGCCUUGGGAGCGUCACGACGACUGCGCUCACCUCCAGUUCUCCCGGCUGAGUCCCGCAAACGUCCCUGUAGAAGAACUUCACCCUGAGAAGCAGGACCACCUCUACGUUAAACAGAAGGAGGAGUCCGAUAUGCCGUUGAUCAAACAGGAGGCGGAGCCAGAGACCUCUGACAUCAAAGAAGAAAAACAGGAAAUUGAAAUCCUCAAUUUUCCAAUGGGUGUCGGUGUGAAGAGCGAAGAAGACGAAGGACCAAGCGAAGAGAGCGGAGCAGCGAACCCUUUGAGCGACAGCUCAUUUCAGCACCAGACAACAAAAGGAGAGCAACCGGACGGCCUCUUAGCUCCGCUUUCGGACAGCGAUGACUUAACGUCACAUUUUUCUGACUUUAAUACUGAUGAGGAGGAGGAUGACUUUGACCAAAAUGCUUCAAAAUCCAUAGACAAGUCAUCAUUUAAAAGAGACGCAAAGGAAGGCGUGGCAACAUUAAACAACCACACAAUAUUACACACUGGAGAGAAGCCUUAUGCCUGCAAACUUUGUGAUAAAAAAUACUCCACGAAGGCAAAAUUAAACAUACACACAAGAGCACACACUGGAGAGAAGCCUUUUGCCUGCACACUUUGUGGUAAAAGGUUCACAAAGGAGGGAAAUUUAAACAUUCACACAAGAACACACACUGGAGAGAAACCUUAUGCCUGCACAUUUUGUGGUAAAAGAUACACCCAUAAGGGAGGUUUAAACUAUCACAUAAGCACACACACCGGAGAGAAGCCUUAUGCCUGCACACUUUGUGAUAAAAAAUACUCCAUGAAGGCAAAAUUAAACAUACACACAAGAACACACACUGGAGUGAAGCCUUUUGCCUGCGCACUUUGUGGUAAAAGAUUCACCCGUAAGGAUGAUUUAAACAUUCACACAAAAACACACAGUGGAGAGAAACCUUUUACCUGCACACUUUGUGAUAAAAAAUUCUCCACAAAGAAAAUAUUAAACAUUCACACAAGAACACACACUGGAGAGAAGCCUUUUGCCUGCACACUUUGUGGUAAAAGGUUCACAAAGCAGGGAAAUUUAAACAUUCACACAAGAACACACACUGGAGAGAAACCUUAUGCCUGCACAUUUUGUGGUAAAAGAUACACCCAUAAGGGAGGUUUAAACUAUCACAUAAGCACACACACCGGAGAGAAGCCUUAUGCCUGCACACUUUGUGAUAAAAAAUACUACACGAAGGCAAAAUUAAACAUACACACAAGAACACACACUGGAGUGAAGCCUUUUGCCUGCGCACUUUGUGGUAAAAGAUUCACCCGUAAGGAUGAUUUAAACAUUCACACAAGAACACACACUGGAGAGAAACCUUUUACCUGCACACUUUGUGAUAAAAAAUUCUCCACGAAGAAAAGAAUAAGCAUUCACACAAGAACACACACUGGAGAGAAGCCUUUUGCCUGCACACCUUGCGAUAAAAGAUUUUCUCAGAAGAAUAAUUUAAAAAUACAUAAGUGCUCACACACUGGAGAAAAGCCUUUUGCAUGCUCACUUUGCGAUGAAGUAGGCAUGAGCAGCUACGGAAAGAGACACUGCAAGCACCAGAGAUGA